AUGCCGGCCAACAACCAAAGACCGGCUACCCAAACUCCGGUAUCGCCACGAAACACUGCGAAAUACACCAACAAGGACGGUUCAAAGUUCAUCACCGUUCCCAAGGGAACACCAUCCGAGUCGUCGCUGCCCCCGACCCCCACAAGCGCCAAACCCAAUGGACCCCCACUAGACGCUUCCAAUGUCGACGAUGGACCUGCUCCUGCCAUUAACCGCAAGAAACAGAAGCGCAGACAAAAAGCUGCUGCGAAAGCCGCUGCCCAACAAGCUGCCAACGGACACAAUGACCAUGCAUCCGGACGAAGCACUGCUGGGAGUUCCUUGCCAGGCCGCGGCCCCGCUGACCAUGAAGAAGUCGAAAGUGACGACGAGAAUGAGUACAUCCUAGCAAGCGAAUUGACAGAGCCGACUACGAAUGGCCACCCACCUUCGGACUCUAGAUCUAAGAAGAAUCGAAAGAAGAAGAAGAAGGGGACAAAUGCCGACCCCACGUCGCCAAUUCCGGAAGCUCUCGAGCAUGAGCCGCAGCCCAACUUGUCGCAAGGCGCUGGUAUGUCACGCGAUAAGAUAUGGAGUACGAGCAACCAAGAAGAGCGCGAACGCAUAAAAGCAUUCUGGCUUGGACUGGGCGAAGAUGAGCGGAAAUCAUUAGUCAAGGUGGAGAAGGACGCUGUUCUCAAAAAGAUGAAGGAACAACAGAAACAUACUUGCAGCUGCACUGUGUGUGGACGAAAGCGGACUGCGAUUGAGGAGGAAUUGGAGGGUCUUUACGAUGCCUACUACCUGGAGCUCGAACAAUUCGCAAAUCAAGGCGAAGGACCACCGAUGCUGCCGUCAGCCCGGGAUUUCGCUCUAAGACGAGGACUACCUUCGAGUUAUACAAACCGACCCCCAUCACGAGGCCGAAUAGUGGAACAACUGGGAGACGAGGAAGAUGACGAGGAGGAGGACGAACUGGAAGAGGUCUACAGUGAAGACGAAGUGGAGGAUGACGAUUACAGCGACGACGAACCUCCCGAAGAAUAUCAAACCUCACACGAGCGAGACGUCGCCGAUUUCUUGACGUUUGGCAAUAGCCUGCAAGUCAAGGGUGGUAUUCUCACCGUGGCGGAUGACCUUCUUAAAAACGACGGCAAGCGGUUUAUCGAAAUGAUGGAGCAGCUUGCGGAACGUCGGAUGGCAAGAGAGGAAGACGCUCGCGAACACUUUUCACGAGGCUACGGUCACCCCAAUGGCUCAUACUCCAACAACCCUCAUAAUCACCCCCCUCCUGAAGAAGACGAGUACGACGAGGAAGAGGACGAGGAAGAAGAUUAUGACGAUAGCCAGGACGAGGAGUAUGAGGAGGAAGAGGUAUACUCAAACCCCUCUGUGAUGCCAUCCCAGUCCCAUACUGAGUGUUGCUGCCAGGACCAAAUGACAGAGGAGCAACGAAUGGAGGAAGGUCGCCGCAUGUUCCAGAUAUUCGCCGCUCGCAUGUUUGAACAACGGGUUCUCUCCGCCUAUAAGGAAAAGGUCGCCAAGGAACGUCAGCAAAGGCUUCUGGAAGAGAUUGAGGCAGAGGACCGAGAGUCUGAGCUCAAGAAAGCUAAGAAAGCUAAGGAUGCGCAGAAGAAGAAGGACAAGGCUGCUCAAAAGAAGCAAGCAUUGGCCGAGGAGAAAGCGCGGAAAGAAGCCGAGAAGGCGGCAGCAGAUGCUGCACGGUUGGAAGCCGAGAGGCAACGGGUUGCUGAACAGAAAGCCAGGGCCGAAGAGAAACGAAAGCAGAAAGAAGCGCAGAAGAAGGCCGAGGAAGAAGCGCGACUACGGAAAGAGGCAGAGCGACAACGACGACUCCACGAGCAACGCGAGAAGCAAGCCGAACAAGAACGCAAGGCUCGAGAAACCAAGGAGAAGGAGAAGAAGCUCAAGGAAGAACAGCGACAAAGAGAUAAGGAGGCUCGAGAGCAAAAGGAGCGUGAGGCCCAAGAGCGUAAGGAUAAACAAGAGCGCGACAAGAGGGAUAAGGAAGCCCGUGCCGCCAAGGCCCAGAAGGAUGCCCAAGCGGCUCGCGAGGCUAAAGAAAAGCUGAGAGAGGAGAAGGCAGCUGCUCAAAAAGCAGCGAGUCACCCAUCUCAACCCAUUCAAAUUCCAAAGCGCCCAUCACAGCAUUCAGCACCCAUACCUGCCGUACUUCCACAACAUGCCUCGAACCCAGCAAGCUACGCAUCGCCAAAGAUACCAGUUGUAACUCCCGUGCUAUCCAAGGCACCAACACCGAUUCGACCCCGAACCACGUCUCAACAGCAAGACGUGGCGUUACCGUCAACCACAGUUUCAGCUAACAGUCAAAACCCCUCACCCCACUCGAUGACGCCUCAGAGUCCUGGCCCAAUUGGCCAGCGCCAUGGAAGCGCAAGCACGCAGCAUUCUCACUCGGUUUCGCCUACAAACGGACACUCAAGGAUGCUUGGACACUCUCCUUUCCAGAUACCCCCGAUGGGAAUGCAACCGCCCCCAGGAUUAGCCCAUCACCCACCCCCACCAGGUUUCGCAAACCGCAUGCCUCACGAAGCUAUCUUUUCGGGUUUUAGGCAUAGCCCUGGGGCUAUGAUGCCUCCUCCCGGCAUCAACGGGCCACCUGGCCGCGGAUUCUCUGUUCCUCUGCCUCCGGGGUUUACGCAGCCCAUUGGUGACCAGUUUGAUAUGGGUGGGUUCCCGAUGCCCACAGACCUCCCUCCACCAACGCAUCAUCGCCAAAGUUCACUGCAGUUCGACACGCCUUUGACUCCAUCACAGCCUAUAGGACGACCUGCACCUAUUGGGCGUCCUGGAAGCCUCAGCCAAAGUCGUGCAUCUGACGACCAGGACGAUGAAACUGCUCAUCUAGGUAGUCGAGCUCUUUUAGAGGACGAUGAGCCUCUCGCAGCUGAGGUCAACCCAGGCAGCCUACGAAACCAGCCUCCAGGGCCACGUGGUGACUUCACCACAAGUCCCUUUUUGCCUUCAGCGUUCCCUCUGGCGCACAACCCCUGGGGUCCUCCUGCUGUUGGGGGACAUCCUCUGCCUCCCCCCGGAUUCAACAACCCCGGAUGGGGUGCACCAAGUGUGCCUCCAGGCUUCGGCAUGACAUCUCCUAUUGCUGGAAUGAGCUCUAUUCGAGCUCCUGCGCAGCCCAGGUAUGUGACCGUCCGGGCAAUGCUCUGCCAGGCUUGCAAGGAAUUGGCUAGCUCUGGAGAUCCGGAAGGUUACAUCGAUAUCGCAAGCCUCAAGUCGAGGAUUGAUGCAAUGUCAGGCGACCACAGCAUCUCUGAACUCGACUUGUUGAACCUUUGUGAGACGGAGGGAAGUUCGUCAAACGGAGGCGGCACGUUCGAUAUCCGACGUGAUGCAGGAGGUCCAGGCAAACAUACUGUUCGAUGGGAACCUGAUCUGAGUGACGGAUUUGGUACACCGUACAGAGCAGUUGGUGCUCCAGAGAUCUGGUGCGUGACAGCAGCCCGCUGGGGGCAAUUGGGAGUGACAGAGGGAGUACACCCUCUAUGCACACAAGAGGCUCGUCGAUCGUAUCCCACGUUGACCGUCCAGACCUCCAAGUAA